UGAUGCGGCAACUGUACCGGUGUGCCAGUGUGCUGUGCAGAAUUAUAUAACGGUUUCCUCCGCCAUAAACACACUCAAUAUGCGCUAGUAAUGUCCUGUUUGCCAGCUUGUUGACCCUCUGUGUUCCCCUCCUGCAGGGUUUAGGAGCAGUUGCUGUGGAAGGAGAGACAUGGACGUGAGCGGCUAUUGAGGGCGGCCAGGGUGCCGGUGAGCCCCCACCCCCGCUCGGUGUGUGGGCUGAGCUUCGAGGGCUGAUCUUCGAUGAAGGACCACAUGACGGGACACCACAAGGAGACGCGUUAUGAGUGCGACGUGUGUGGCAAGGUCUGGCAGAGACCGAGCCAGUUGGAGGUCCACCGGCGGGUGCACAUAGGAGAACCCCCCUUCAACUGCUCAGAGUGCGACAAGACUUUCAAGACGAUGAGUGACCUGAAUGUCCAUCGGCAAGUGCACACGGGCGUGAAGCCCCAUGGCUGCUCCACAUGCGGCAAGAGCUUUACCCAUUUGUCGGGGCUGCGCGACCACCUGCGGGUGCACAGCAGUGAGCGGCCCUUCACCUGCUCCGACUGCGGCAAAGGCUUCAAGUUGUCCAAGGGCCUGAAGAUGCACUGGCGGGUGCAUACUGGGGAGCGGCCCUUCACCUGCAGCGACUGUGGCAAGGGCUUCACCCAAUCCAGCAACCUGCUGGUGCACCUGCGCACCCACACCGGAGAGCGCCCCUACACCUGCGUCCAGUGCGGCAAGGGUUUCACCCACUCCAGCAACCUGCUGCAGCACCAGCGCACCCACACCGGAGAGCGCCCCUACACCUGCGCCCAGUGCGGCAAGGGUUUCACCCACUCCAGCAACCUGCUGAAGCACCACCGCAUCCACACCGGCGAGCGC